AUGAGGCUGCGGGCGCGCGGUCCCCGGGCCGCCCCCGCCUGCGGCGCCGCCUCCAGCGCGGGGGCCGGCGACGCGAGGCGCCUGGCGCCGCCGGGGCGGAACCCCUUCGUGCACGAGCUGCGCCUCAGCACCCUGCGGAAGGCCCAGGUGCUCCUCAUGACGCUGACGCUCUUCCCUGUCCGGCUCCUGUUCGCAGCCUUCAUGAUGCUGCUGGCCUGGCCCUUCGCGCUUGUGGCUUCCCUGGGACCUGCUGACAAGGAGCCCGAGCGGCCCCUGGCCUUGUGGCGCAGGGCUGUGGACUUCCUGCUGAAGGCCAUCAUGCGCGCCAUGUGGUUCGCCGGCGGCUUCCACUGGGUGGCCGUGAAGGGGCGGCGGGCGCUGCCCACCGAGGCGGCUGUCCUCACACUGGCACCACACUCCUCCUACUUCGACGCCAUCCCCGUCACCAUGACGAUGUCGUCCAUUGUGAUGAAGGCUGAGAGCAGGGACAUCCCGAUUUGGGGAACCCUGAUCAGGUACAUCCGGCCAGUGUUUGUGUCCCGGUCGGACCAGGAUUCCCGCAGGAAGACCGUGGAGGAGAUCCGGAGGCGGGCACAGUCGAAGGGGGCGUGGCCACAGAUAAUGAUUUUCCCGGAAGGAACUUGUACGAACAGGAGCUGCCUAAUCACUUUCAAACCCGGCGCCUUUAUCCCCGGAGUGCCCGUCCAGCCCGUGGUCUUGCGGUAUCCAAACAAACUGGACACCAUCACGUGGACGUGGCAGGGACCUGGAGCGUUGAAAAUCCUGUGGCUCACCCUGUGCCAGUUUCACAAUCAAGUGGAGAUCGAGUUCCUGCCCGUGUACAGCCCUUCCGAGGAGGAGAAGAGAGACCCCGCCCUGUUCGCCAGCAACGUGCGGCGCGUCAUGGCCGAGGCCCUGGGCGUCUCGGUGACCGACUACACGUUCGAGGACUGUCAGCUGGCGCUGGCGGAGGGGCAGCUCCGGCUGCCCGCGGACACCUGCCUCCUGGAGUUUGCCAGGCUUGUGCGGGGCCUGGGGCUGAAGCCAGAGCGGCUCGAGCGAGAGCUGGACAAGUACUGGGAGCGCGCCGAGACGCGGCAUCGUGGCAAGCUCAGCCUGGCGCAGUUCGCCGAAUGCCUGGAGGUGGCCGUGUCACCCGCGCUGGAGGAGCUGUUUGCGCUGUUUGACGAGGGCGGGGCCGGCGAGGUGGACCUGCGCGAGUUCGUGGUCGCCCUGUCGGUGGUCUGCAGGCCGUCCCGGACCCUGGACACCAUCCAGCUGGCGUUCAAGGUGUACGGCGCCCAGGAGGACGGCAGCAUCGACGAGGACGCCCUGUCCCGCAUCCUCAAGACCGCGCUGGGCGUGGCGGAGCUCGGCGUGACCGAGCUGUUCCGAGCCAUCGACGCGGGCGACAGCGGGAGGAUCACGUUCGACGACUUCCGCAGGUUCGCGCAGGCGCGCCCGGGCUUCGCGGAGGAGUUCCUGCGGCGCGAGCGGACGCCGGCCAACGGCUUCUGCGCGGACUUCGGCGUGGACGGCGUGGACGGCGUGGACGGCGCGGGCCGCAGGCGGAGGCCGCCGCGCGGGCAGCCGGACUAGCGCGGGGAGGCCCGGGGAGGCCCGGAGCCGCG